AUGUCCAAAGAAUCAACAUUUAUUCAAAGACCAACAGUGAUACAGUUUGGUCUUCAUUGUUUAAUUCGUUUACCAUCUAAUGGUUUAAAAAUCGCAGAGAUUAAAGAAGGAUCAUCAGUAAACUUGGGUAAAUUUGGUGUUUUUGACUUGGAGGGUAUUGUAGGAUACCCAUUUGGUCAAACUUUUGAAGUUUUGGAUGGUAGAAAAGUUCGUCCAGUUAGAUCAACAACUUAUGAAAGUGAAAAUGCAACACCAGUUCCAGAGACUUUGAGUGAGAAAAUUGAUUAUUUGAAAAGAUUAGAUAUCAAAAGUAGUGAGACAAAUAGAGAAUUAGUUGAUAUAGGUAAUGCAACUCAAGGAUUAAGUAUGGAGGAGAUUGAAACUUUGAAGAAAACUUCAAAAGGUGCUAAUGUUGGUGAAGCUAUUAUUGAUAAAUUAAUCAAAAGUCAUGUUAAUUUCAAUAUGAAGACUAAACAUUCACAAGAAAAAUAUUUAAAAAGAAAACAACAAAAAUUCUUGAGAAGAUUCACAGUGGAAUAUUUAGGUUCAUCACAAUUAUUACAAUAUUAUUUGGAGAAGGAUUCCAGUAAAGUUCUUGAUAUGAGUGAGGAAACUUUAGGGUUGCUGUUAAGUUUGGGUAAUAUUCAAUCAGGUGGUAGAUACUUGGUUAUUGAUGAAACUGGUGGUGUUGUUGUCUCUGGAUUAUUAGAACGUAUGAGAGGGUCUGGUGAAGUUGUGUUGGUUCAUGAAAAUGAACAUGCUAAUUUAAGUGCAUUAGAACAUUCCAAUAUACCGCAAAAUGUUCAACACAAAAUGAUUAAAACUUUAAAUCUAUUACAAUUUUUUGAACCUGAAACUGAAAAAGUUGAGUGGAAUGAUUUAUCAGAAGAAGAAUUGAAAGAAAUGAAAUCAAAUAAAAAGGCACAUUAUCAUCGUCGUCGACAAAAUGCUAUUGAUACUAAUGCAGCCAUAGAAAAUGCCACCAGGGGUAAAUUUGAUGGGUUAAUAGUUGCAUCUACAUUAUUUCCUCCAACACUUUUGGACCGUCUUGUGGAGAAAGUUGGUGGUUCAAGACCAAUGGUGGUUUAUAGUCAAUUCAAAGAAUUAUUAGUGGAUACACAAUUAGGGUUCAUGAAUGAUUUGAGAAUAUUAGCUCCAACCAUACAUGAAUCUAAGGCCCGUCCAUAUCAAACCAUACCAGGAAGAUUGCACCCAAUGAUGUCUAUGCGUGGUGGUGGUGGUUAUUUAUUAUCAGCAUUGAGAGUGUUCCCUAUUGAACAAGGUGUCACUGCAGUUGGACGUGGAUUGUCUAAAAAGAAGCAAAAAACUCAAGCUUCAUCAUCAGCCUAA